UGUCGUCUGGCAUGGGUUAGAUAUUGGGAUGGAAAUGUGAAGGGACCACAUUGGCAAUUACCCAAAUACUGGGUUCCAUCAGAGACUCAGGUAUGGCUCAUCUAGACUUGCUUUAAAAAUGACUGCCAUCUACUCUGGCGUCCAUCAAAAACUGAACAGCCAUCUCACACCAUGGCCAGACAAGCUGAAGCUGGCUCGAUUUGCAUGGGUAUCCAAUCAGUGCUUUCUUCCAAAUAAGGAACAGUUUUUGUUUAACUGGGUUGCUCGUGCCCUUUCCGGUUAUUACGGCAAGAAAGUAGAGGUGCCACAAGAGGUUGUGGAGGGCUUAUGGACAUACCUGAAGGAAAUUCUUCAUAGUAAGAGGCUUUGUAAUGUCUUGAGCACAGGAAAGACCAUUAACAUACACCCAACAGUUCCCCAGAUGAUUAAUGAAAGGAUUCUGGAAAGCACUUCAGGAACUCUGUCUGUCAACCUGUCCACUGUUUUGAGUUGUUGUGAAGGAAUCUUGUCAUUUCCUGGCCUUGCUGUUACAUACACUGCCAGAUAUGAUCUGCUGGUGGAGCUUGUGGUUCGGACCAGUGGCUUGGCCUGUUUUCAACUCCAGCAACAGGAGUCUGCAGAGCCUCUAUCAGUUAAGGUGUUUGAAAUUCUGCUUCUUGUACUCAGCACCUAUUUGACUGCACAAAGGCAGCAAGGAAACCCUAAGAGAGUUUUUGUCCAGGUGACCGAGCACCUUCUUCAGCCACUCUGCCUGUUAAGACACUUAAUAACCUCUAGAACAUGGACAGAGAAAGAUGAUACAAGGAUUCGGCAACAAAUGAGCAAAGCGAUCCGGAGCAAAGUGGACUUGAUUCUUCGGUCUGCUCUUUUCUACCACGAGCACCUACAUUAUUACCAAGAAGAAGUUCUCCCAUCAGAACAGGGAUCAGGUGGAAAAAAGGGAUCUGCAGGCAAAACUUUUCUCUGCCCUGCUGCAACCAUUCUAUCAAAGCUUGUGCAUGGACAUGAUGCUCAUGAUGAGUCUUUCUUUUAUGGUGUCCGAUCCAGUUCUCUGCCAUUGCUCUUCAAAUUUGCUUUAGAUGCCUUUUGCAAAAAAGGAGAGAACAAGCUGGUUUGCUUUCAUCUUAUGACAAAGUUUCUUACUGCCCUAGACUUUACAGAGGAUCUGAACCUCAAAGAAACAUUUAAUGAGGCAAACUGGAGCUUUGCUCUGCUUGCCUUAGAGAACAUUUUGAACUCCUGUUUGGUGGAAGAUAUCUAUAAUGUAGCUGCAGAUAAAAUACAACAUGGAGAGGUGCAGUUAAAUUUCUACAGGAAAGUGGCUCGGCUUUUAUUCAAUAACGCGCAGACCGGUAUCCCAGCCUGGUACCGCUGCCUGAAAAUACUACUGGCACUAAACCACCAAAUUCUAGCAUCAGAUCUCGAUGAGCUUGUCUCUACAGUCUGGGUGGAUGCUGACAGCAUGGAAUUACGGGUGAAGAAAGCUCGAGAGACGCUUAUUUGUGAAGUUCUUCAGACCUACGCGAAGCUACGCCAGCUGCCAAGACUUGUUGAAGAACUGCUGGUCAUAAUCCGUCGACCAGCUGUUGAUGAACUGAGGCAGGAGUUGUUGCCUGAGGCUUUGCAAACUUGCUUAAGUCAGUGUUUCUUAGACAACCCUCCUAGCCAGAAUCUCGAAAUCUGCAGACUUAUUCUGGAGAAGAUGCAAAAUGAUCUCCCUUAUGCCCAAGAGGGAAGAAGGGAGUCUGCAUUAAAGAUGUUUUCUCUGAGUGUUCUCAUGCAUGCAGUGGUUAUUAGUCUUAAGACACUAGAUGAUAGCACUCCUUUGCCCAUAGUGAGACAAACUCAAAGUCUCAUGGAGGAGAUGUUUAAGUUUGUUACGGUUCUGCUGCAGCGUCUUGAGGGAGUUUUGAUUACAGAUAGCCUCUGGGUAGAGAAGAUUCAAGACGCUACUCUUCUCCUUACUCACACUUGGCAUGAGGCAGACACUGUCUUUCAAAUUCAUUGCAGUAAAUACACCUCCCCAGCUGGUCCAACUGGUGAUGUCAGGGCUGUCUCUGAUACCAUACAGAAAGCAUUGGCAUUUACAGAAUCAGAAGGCCAAGCCACUAGUCCAUUGAGCAGGUUUCUUCAAAAGCUUCUUGCUAUCCAUAGAAUAAAGAGACACUCACUCAUCUCACCUUUACUUACCCUGGACAUGGACACGCAAGAUGUUCUUCAUGAAACUGUUCAAAUUGUGGUAAAUAGUCAAGAACUUUCUGUAAACCUGUACACUGACCAAACAUGGGACCGUCAGUUUUGCAGUGUUAAUGCUGACACCUAUCCAGUGGCCUUCUGGUUUCUACUAACCACUAACCUACCAUUAAUUGCUCCAUACCUCACACAAGAGGUUACAUCUCACAUAGCAGAGAUCAUCCUUAACUCCCUGCUUCAGGGCCGCUCAGGAAGCAGUAUGGAGAAGACUGAUUUGUCGUUCCUAUUGAUUUCAAAACAAUUGCUCGAAAGCACAGUUCUUUGUGAGCUGCCCAACUUGCACUCAGCAGUGGUGACAACUAUAACGAACAAGUUUUUUGGACUGCCAAGUCCUUCUGAUGUACAGUCCUUUUGUCCCUCAUUUUUUAAAUCCUGCUCUGAAAUUGGUGUUGCAUCUGAAGGCAAAAUAGGAUGCAAUGUUGACACCUCAUCCUCUUUUAACAGACUAAAAGCCAUAGCACAAGAAAUUAUGGACUGUGCUAAAACUGGUGCUUCUGUCCCCAUAUCUGAAACACAAGUAGACACACUUCUGCAAUUAGUCAGGAUAACAAGUGUCUUAAAUCCAUAUGCAGUAUCUCCUGAAGAUUACGUGGGACUUUUCCUGGGCUUGUUUUUUAUUACCUUUUGUGUGCAAAGUAAUGAAAAUGGGACACUUUCAGUACCAGUUAACCUUUUGAAAGAGCUGUUUGGCCUCAUGGAUUCACUCUUGGUGGGGAAAAAUUCUCAUACAAUCCUCAAAGUUGUACAUGGUAGUACGCUUUUGGAGGUGGCUAUGACCUCUCUUUUCUCUUGCUUUGAUAAGGAUCUAUUUCAAAAUGUCGACAGUUCAGCUUGGUUUUCUUUUCUCCAGUCAGUCCAAGCUUUCAUUCAGAGUAUAACGCGUGUUAUAGUGGAGCGAAAAAGCAGCGUGCGAAUCAAUCUGGACAAGUUCACUACUUUUAUGAUUGAUAGAACUUGUGCUGUUGGAACAUCAUCUGCAGAUUCUGGGGAUUGUGAUGAAGCUCUGUACUCAUUUCAGCUUCACUUAGCAACCUUGAGUACACUUUGCAAUGAAAUGAUGUCUUUGCUUGGAAAAAGUCCUCAGCUGGAUGAGGCUCUGACUCAGUUGUUGGAGAAGAUUAUCUUUGUAAUGGGGCCUGCUGCUCAGACCAUGCUGAUAAGAAAGACAGACAGUGGGCUCAGACAGUCAUUCUUUAUUGAUGUGGUAACUGUGAUGAUCAAGAGCGAGCUAGCAAAGGUCUCUCAUCAGACCCAGGAUGUUCAUGAUGGUGAUCAACAAUACAAGUUAUCUAACAUGGCACUGUACAAUAGCUUUGGCCAGCAGAUUUUGCAGGAAAUAUACCCAGAACCAAAGCCCAUGGAGGUUCUUGUUUCAUCGCUCCAUUAUCUCUCAGCAUUUUACAUGGCUGCAGAAAAAACUCAUGAGUCUGAUCAUGACAGUCUGCAUUUUAAGAUUCUGCAAAGUGUUUAUAUGCUGUUAUCAGGUGCAUGGCUUUCUGUAUCAGAUGUAAAAGAACUUGAGGUCCCACUUCAGAACCUGCUUACUCAGCUGAUGGUCAACUCUUCAGAAAAGCAACUCCAGUCGCUAUUACUCAUGAUAAGGGAUGGACUUGUUGCAUCCCAGAUUGAAGUAGGCUACCACAAAGAAGUGUUUGCAGCUGUGACUCUAAUAAAGCUGCUUGCCAGCUGUUCACUGUCAGAAACCGCUUCAGAGAUGUUCUGGCGUAUUGUUCCUCAGAUCAUGUCUUCUCUUGUUUUUGUGGUAAGAGGAUCUGGUCAAGUGUCUUCUCUAACCAGUAUACUAACUGUGCCAGUGAUAGAGACUUUAAUUAUGCUGCUCCGUCAAGGAGAAACUCACAUUUCUGACCCACAACAUGUUAUCCUGGUACUGGGAGCUCUUGAGUUUGUGCCUCUGGAAAACCAGUGCAUUGAGGAUUACUAUUCGGCCUUCCAUGCCAUCCAUGAAGCUUUAUAUGCCAUCAUCCUGUGCUACCCUAAGGUGAUGCUGAAAGCUUCUCCAGUCUUCCUGAACUGUUUUUAUCGUCUGGUGGCAUCCAUCAUACGUGAGGGCAGGCAAAAAGGGGAGAAUGAGAAAGGAAAGGAUUUUGAGAAACUUUUAAAAUGUGCCAUGCUAGUGGAACGGAUGUACACUCAUAUUGGUAACACAGCAGAGGGUUUCACUGUCCUGAAUUCCUUCAUUGUGGCUCAGUAUGUCACUGAACUUCAGAAGGUGACACUUCAACCAGAAAUCAAGGCGCACCUGACAGAGGGCAUCUACUGCAUCCUGGACCAGUGUGUUGAACAGGAUAUAAAGUUCUUGAACAGGACAUUGCAAAUGGGUGUUAAGGAAGUAUUCAGUGAACUCUACAAAAAUUACAAACAUUAUCACAAAUCUCAAAGGCAAGGGGAAGAGAAGUAUACUGUUUAACCCCAUUGUUAAACUGACUUUUGUAAGAAUUGUUUUAUAUGAUUUUUUUUAUUAUUAUUGCUGUUGCUUGACUUGGAAAACAAGUGGAGGAGAAAUAAAUUUACUUCUGGGAAACGUGUUGAGCAGGCUUAUUUCAAAGUAAGUUGCUAUCAGUAUGAGAAACAAUUUCCCCAACAGAAAGUUUUACAUCAUAUAUAUAUAUUUGUGAGUGGUAACUGAAGGAAUAUGACUACCUUGUGGGGGUUGGAGGUUUAAAAAGAAUGUGUUUAUGGGAAGAAUGGCAACACUUUGACUCAGCUGUGAUGUGAUACUGGUGAAAGAUGUGGUUUCAAUACCACAAAAACAGGCACACUUAUCUCUCUAGUUUCCUGAAAACAUAAAGGCCAUAAAUACUGAAAUAAACGCUUUUGACAACAAGGGCAUCAGAUUUUGGUUUAAAUGUUAUGCUGAUUUUAGGAGAUUUUAAUACAUGAAGUUUAACACAGUGUUACCCAGUUUUUACAUUUGAGUUUGAUCAGCUGAAAAGGAAAGGAAUUUGGGAUGAUUUGCAUAUUGUGGUGGAAUAAGCUAAUAAAACAUCUGCACCAUGCUCAAAAUUAUUGAGCUCUGUAUGAUUUAAAAACACAUAAGGGAAAAUUUGUUUGAAUAAAUGUAAUGGAGAAUAUCAGACAAACAGUACUGUUAUUAUAUUAUGCUCUGAUUUGCUUUGUAUCACAUGCUUACCUUUCCAGAAUCUCAUUUGUAGUUGUUUACUUGCUUUUAUUAUGAAUUGUAUGACCUUUUUUAUAAAGAUGUAUUGUUCUAUUAAAAUCAGCAUUGUUAUUUUAAACUGAACAGAACAGCCACUUAGGUAAAGGUCCAAAUAAACUGAUGAUCUGAAUAUUAUAAAGAAAAUUCUCCCAUUAAAACCUCCCAUACACUCCUUCUUUCAGCCAGAAGCUUAGAAAUAGAAGCACUGAUUUUUGAGUAUUAUGUAUUCUCAAAUAAGGUCACAAAUUUAAAAUCCUACAAUUUGAUGCUUAUACUAACACAAAAAAACUACAUUUGAGGAUGUUGCUGUAACCCUGAUUAAUAAUAUUAAAAGCAUAUCUAAAAUUUUAAACACGUUAGCCAUACAUUAAAUUUGUUUUCAUAACCUCUAGAAUUGACGUUGCUGGCUGGCUUCAGGAAGGUCUGGCAGCUCCUUGGACAUAUACUGUAAUUGACAAACACAUGGUUGGCAUUCACCUUUACACUAAUAAAAUACAAUUAUGUUUAGAAA